GGACGAUCUGGCUGAAGAGGGCUGCUCUAAGUUUCUUUCGGACCCCACGCUACCGACAGUCAAGAAAAAAAAAAAAAGACGACCCGCAAAGAAAGGUUGGAUUUUCGUCUUUAUGCGUUGGGACAGAAGCAACACUAUCCCGCCGUGUUGCCUGCGCCUUCACCGAUCUCGCCACCGAUUGCAAAUUGCGGCCGAACCACUUAAGCUCCCCGUAUUCUGUUUCUUCACCGCGAUUUCCUCCACAGCAAAACCAAAGGUCAUCAUGCGGACGUCCCUAGAGGACGGCGCAACGUCGUGACCCCUGUAUACACGACAUUUGACUGCAUCAGGUACCUAUUUGCACCACCCAGUAAAAUUGAAGCUUUACUCGGCCUACAACGCUACUUCUUUUUAUCUCAGAAGUCCCUCCACGAUGAUUUUCUCAGCAUGGCGUCUCAAACGACUACGUACAACCCUAGCAUGGGCCAGUACUUUAGAGACCCGCGAGAACUCAUGGCACUCAAGCUCAUCUCACUAUGCGUCGGUACCGUGAGCUUGUGUUGCACUCUUGUUGCUACAUUUCACUUUCUGCGCAUGAGACGGGUGUUCCGUCACGACUUAAUAUUGCUACUACUAGCGGCCGACUUGCUCAGAGGAAUCUGUUACGUCGGAUUCCCCUUGGUCUCGUUCGCCGUGCACCGGAACCGCCGCAUCCAGAGCGGCGCGCCGUUUUGUCAGUUCAGCGGCUUCUCCCUCACGGUCGGCAUGGAGGCUGCCGAUGUCGCGGCCCUCUUGAUAGCCCUGCACACGGUCCUCUACAUCGUGCGACCGCGCAGGCAGGGCGGCGGCAACGGCCUAUACCCGUACCGCUACUGGGCGUACACGGCCGUCACCCUGCUCCCCAUCCUGGACGCGUCGCUGGCCUUUGCCGGCGGCAUGCCCGGCUUCGAGGACACGGGCGCCAUGUGCUACCUCCCGCUCCGCCAGCGCUGGUACAGGAUGUACCUGGCCUGGGUGCCGCGCUACGUCGUCUUUUGCCUCAUCGUCGCCUUGUACGUCGGCCUCUUCCUCUACGUCCGCUUCGCGCAGUGGAGGUACGCCAAGGCCCACGACUGGUCCCGGCGCUCGUCCGAGACGGCCGCAUCGGCGACACUCGUGUCGUUGAGUACCACCAGCGCCGGUGGCGGCCCGCAGAAGCAGAUGAUUCAGAUGAAUGAUUUGCUGCCGGACGGCAGCAGGGCGGCUACUAGGAAGAACAGCGCCGUCUCGUCGACGCCUGGGAAGAUGCCGAGCUCGCCGACGGAAAGUCGCAAGGCAUCUCAGGAUGGAGGUCAGGUCAGGGAUUUGGUUUCGGCUGCUGGUUAUACAUCGUCAAAGACGAUGGUAGACUGGCAGGAAGCUGACCAGAGACGCAAGUCUGUCAAGUUUUCGCCCAUGGUAUGGAACCCAGAGACGGCUGCGAGGCUCAAUCAGGCGAGUGAGCUUUCAGACGAGCCUGAGAGGGUCGGUCCAGAAGAGAGAGCAGACAGCGGCUCUCGAAACACGCCCAUCGACGGACUGAGUAACCGUCGCAUGACGUGGAACUGGACAGAGCAGCUCCAGCUUCCAACUAACACAACGCCACCUGUCAGGUCCAGGAUGUCCAUGUCAGCGGCGCCUGCGGCAGAGGCAUCAAAACCGGCAACGACCAGGACGCGAACCCGCCAGCCGCCUCCUUUUUCGCCGCUGAUUGACAUCUCGCUCGAGGAACAAUUGCCUGAUGAGAUCCCCAAGCAACGACAGCGACGGAGCACGACUGCAUCGAUGUCUCUGCAUGUCCCCAGUGGUCCUUUGGGAAGCGCACACGAACUUGGGCGUAUGGAGCAAGCUGAGACGCCUAGCACAUCUGCCCUUGCGCUGAUCAGUCCGCCUUCUCAUCAGACGGAUGACACGCAGAAGAACAAGAACCUUUCUACAAUCAUGUUACCACCGCCGUUGGCAGCGAUACCGACACCAGCAACAUCCAAAACGGCCAUUGAAGACGACGGCCCCGUGCGGCGAGGAUCUGCUGCCAGCGAGAUCGGCGGCAGCACGCUGGGUUACGACAGCGGGACGCAGGUGGCCAAGACGCGGUCGAGGGUGCGCAAGCAGCUCAUCAUGCUCUUCAUCUACCCGCUGCUCUACAUCGCCAUGUGGAUGGUGCCGUUCCUGAGCCACGUUCUGUACUUUGACAACUACUUCACCACGAGCGAGCAGCAGCUCCCUGGCCAGCCGCUGUGGCUGCUUUGCCUCAGCAUGGUCAGCCUCUCGAUCCAGGGAACCGUCAACUCGUCCCUGUUUAUGUGGCGCGAGCGGCCAUGGAGGUUCCGCGACGAGAGGGGCUUCUGGGGUCCUUUGAGGGAGCGCCUGCGCGACUGGCUGGGGAGGUUUGGUGGUGGUGGCGGCGGUGCGGGUGGAGUCACGGGGUGUUGGUCGGCGUGCCUUGGGGUCCGAGGCGGAGAGAAGGAUAGGAGGAGAGGCGAUGGAGGGGCUGCCUCGGGCAAAUCCCGGCAGGAGAUGAUUAACGAUGGUUCUUUGGCCAGGAUAAGGAGGAGGCAGGAGGUAGUCAACGAGGCUACGCUUGCGGCUUCGUCGCCGAGGAAAUCCACCGCACCGAGAAACUGGUGGGAUGCCGAGGACCAGGAUUGA